GAGGCGGGAGGUCGGGAGGGGGCGCGCGAGCGGAGCCGAGCGGAGCCGAGCUGGGAGGUGCUGGGAGAGGCAGGCAGAGCCGGCCGGCCGCCUGCGUCUCCGCGCCGUUUGAGCUGCGUCGCUGGGCUCCGCGUACCCCCACCUCUGCUCAGGCUCCCGCAAAACUUUUAUUCUCUUGGGCCCCCCGGGGUGUCUGAAGGUUCGGAGCACUCGGCCGGCUCUGUGCUCCCCUGCAGCGCCGGCCCUAGAGGGGACCUGCAUCCCUCGCCCGCCGGGCUCUCGCUCCCCGCGCCUCCUCACCUGCUGAUCGCACCCCGGAGCGGAGAGGGUGCAUCCGAGGAGGGGCCGCGCGGGCGCCUGCGCCCCCGAACUCUCCCGCUUACCGAGGCAGACCUGCCCGGCGCAACUUUAACUUGAUUCCUUGCGCCCAGCUCGGGCACCAGCUGCUGCUGCUGCUGCUGCCGCCGCCGCCGCCGUCUCGGCCGCCGCCGCCUCACAAAGGCGCGCAGGGAGGGGUGGCGGCGCGGCCGGCGAGCACUGGCGUCCGUGCGCUGGGCGCGGGCCGCCGGGUCGCCGAGGCCGGGAGACAAAAGGGAAACUGCCGCUGUUGGCCGUACCCGGUCGGAGUAGGGUGCCUCCUGCCUGGCUCCGCGGUCCUCCUUCCCCCGCCAUCGGCUGCUGCUCCGCCUCCCGCCCGGCGGACCAUCCCCGCAGUGCUCCGGGACCCGCAAGCCUUCGGGGCGCGCGUCGCUGCCGGCGGUUCGGGCUCUAGCGAUAAUAAAUGAUAGAGGAUACAAUGACUUUGCUGUCUCUGCUGGGUCGCAUCAUGCGCUACUUCUUGCUGAGACCCGAGACGCUCUUCCUGCUGUGCAUCAGCUUGGCGCUGUGGAGUUACUUCUUCCACACGGACGAGGUGAAGACCAUCGUCAAGUCCAGCCGGGACGCCGUGAAGAUGGUGAAGGGCAAGGUCGCAGAGAUCAUGCAGAACGAUCGGCUCGGGGGGCUCGACGUCUUGGAGGCCGAGUUUUCCAAGACCUGGGAGUUCAAGAGCCACAACGUGGCGGUGUAUUCCAUCCAGGGCCGGAGAGACCACAUGGAGGACCGAUUCGAAGUUCUGACGGACCUAGCCAACAAGACGCACCCGUCCAUCUUCGGGAUCUUCGAUGGCCACGGGGGCGAGCAAAACACACUUUGGCAGACCAUCCUGGAGGCAAAAACUGCAGCUGAAUAUGUAAAAUCUCGACUCCCAGAGGCCCUUAAACAGCAUCUACAGGAUUACGAGAAAGACAAAGAAAAUAGUGUUUUGUCUUACCAGACCAUCCUUGAACAGCAGAUUUUGUCGAUUGACCGAGAAAUGCUAGAAAAAUUGACUGUAUCCUAUGAUGAAGCAGGUACCACGUGCUUGAUUGCUCUGCUGUCAGAUAAAGACCUCACGGUGGCCAACGUGGGUGACUCCCGGGGGGUCCUAUGUGACAAGGACGGGAACGCCAUCCCCUUGUCUCAUGAUCACAAGCCUUACCAACUGAAGGAAAGAAAGAGGAUCAAGAGAGCAGGUGGUUUCAUCAGUUUCAAUGGCUCCUGGAGGGUCCAGGGCAUCCUGGCCAUGUCUCGAUCCCUGGGGGACUAUCCACUGAAAAAUCUCAACGUGGUCAUCCCAGACCCAGAUAUCCUGACCUUCGACCUGGACAAGCUCCAGCCCGAGUUCAUGAUCUUGGCAUCGGAUGGCCUCUGGGAUGCUUUCAGCAAUGAAGAAGCUGUUCGGUUCAUCAAGGAGCGCUUGGAUGAACCUCACUUUGGGGCUAAGAGCAUAGUUUUACAGUCAUUUUACAGAGGCUGCCCUGACAACAUAACAGUCAUGGUGGUGAAGUUCAGGAAUAGCAGCAAAACAGAAGAGCAGUGAGCCCUUCGGGGCUCAGCUACCGUAGACUAAAGGACUUUCAACACACUGGUCUCUUUUAAUGUCGUGAAGCUGUGGAAGUUACAAUUAGGAUCCCCCAUCCCAGAUGUGGGAUGCCCCCUCCCUGAUGGUCUUAGGUCUGUAUCCAGUGACGAUGAAAAGAGGGCCGAUGUUGAGAGGCUGGAAGAUCGUUUUUCAUGUUUCCCGAUUCUUUCAUCCAACGUUCAAAAUGUACAAAUAUCUAGUCGUAGAGUCACAUGUAUGACGUGGAUGGCGUAUGUGCCAUGUGUUCUCCCUUUUAAGGUUCUUUUUAAGAUUUCAAGAUCCCUUACAGGGCCCUCCAGGCAUCAGACUUUGGAGUAGUGAGCAGGGCAGGCUGCCCAGAGCGGCAGGAGACAGGCCCCGGCGUCCCCUGCGCGUCAGGGUGGCAGUUCUCUUACUGAGGGCAGAGCUGCCCUGAGAAGGCUUUACCCUCCUGCGCCCAGGUUUUCCACUCCGCAGCAGCCCAGAAACCGAUUUGGAGUGGUUUGCUGUUCCGUGGCUGCUCUUGGAAACGGAGGGAAGAAGAGACUGCAGUGGCUACACAGCAGAAGUAACCUUUUCCCUCCUCCCUUUUCCUUAUGUAGACUUGUGUACUAGCCAGUCUUUGUGCUAGUCUUUGUGCGCUUAUACUAAUCCUGCAUGACCUUAACCUUUUGCUUACACCUUACUGUAUGUAAUAGGCAGCUGUUAAACUUCACAACUGGAA